UCUUCUUAUUUCUUGUCAUUACUCAUUUAUUUGGGCUUAUUUCUGCUAGUUUUGUGGGGUUUAUGUCUUAUACAUUACCUUCUAUUGUUAUUUUUAUCUCUUUUUCUUCCUUAACCCUUCACAUUUUAUUUAUUUAUUUAUUUCUGAGACAGAAUCUUACUUUGUUGCCCUCAGUAGAGUGCCGUGGCAUCACAGCUCAUAGCAACCUCAAACUCUGUACUCAAGUGAUUUUCUUGUCUCAGCCUCCUUAGUAGCUGGGACUACAGGUGCCUGCCACAAUGCUGAGCUAAUUUUUAGAGAGGGGAGUCUCCCUCUUAACUCAGGCUGGUCUCAAACCUGUGAGCUCAAGCAGUCCAUCCGCCUUGGCCUCCCAGAGUGCUAGGAUUACAGGCACAUUUUAUCUUUAUUCUAACAUACAAAGUUAAUAAUUUUUGACAUUUUCCUUCUGAAUGAAACAAUUUAGUAUGCCAGGGAGAAGUGGGAUAGAUGAUCUAGGGCAGUAUGAAAGGGAUUGGGGCUGUGGGGUGGGAAGGACAGCCUGGAGCAGGGAAUAGAGCCAGGAAGGGUAUGAUGACAGGACUGUUUAUGACAGUACCAGGUGGCCUGAAUUGUGGGAGAACGGACUAGGCUGGGCCUCCACAUGCUCCUCUCUUCCAGCAGCACCUGAGUGACCAGCUCUUGGCCACUGUCCCCAGAAAGCCCAGAGCACAGACAAUGGCCUUGUUCCUGUCUGCCCCAGCUCAGGAGUAAGACCUGCAGGUCCCAAGCCUGGAGUGAUCUCACAGUUGGAGCGAGGGGAUGUGCCAUGGGUCUUGGAUGUGCAGAGUGCCCUGGGGAAAGGGCAAUUGAGAGCUGGCAGCUCAGGUGCGUGAGGGGAUCUUCUUGCCCAACCUGGUCACUGAAUAAGCAUUUUUGGGGGUCCAAGACAUCUGGUUAGUAAUUCAGGAGUUUGAUGAGAAGAUGUACCGAGUCUAGCAUGGGAGGCCUACGAGAGUGUCCGCUGCUGAAGCCGGGGUUACCUCUGUCAGCCUGGGCACCUUGAUGGGGAGAUUGUUGAGUAGAACCUAGGAAGGUAAUGGGAGGCAGUGUUAAAGAGGAGACUAAAGGUAUUCCAGGCAGGGCUGGUACAGGACCCCAGAGAGUCCUGCCCUCCAGAGUGUAUGUCCCAACAGGAGGUCAGACCACAAGGGUGCAGUGAUGGAGACAUCACUUCAUUCCCCUUCUGCUCGGCCCGUUACAGGAGAGCAAGAAGACACCUUAUCACCUGCUCAGCCACAGCUGUGUGUUCCCUGCUGUUCCUUCUCUGCCACUGACCCUUCCAUCCCUGUACAUGGACACAGCUGCUUCUCAGGUGCCACACAGCAGCAACUGGCAUGACCCUUGUUUUUUAGAUGGGGAAACCAAAGCUCAGAAAGCUUGUGGGACCAAGACAGAGUACACAGAGUUGACUUCAGAGGAAACAUUUGAUGGGGAAGAACUGGACCAACUCAGGGGGACUUUUUCCUGGGGACCUAAGCCAGGAGAAGCCCAUGACCAUGUCAGGGAGUUGGAGGGGAGCCUGGAUGAACCAGUGGAGCACAGAGCCUCCAGGCCAGUCAUACUGACAAAUGAGGAAAGCUGGUGGGAGUCUGAGGGAAACCUCAGGUUGGGGUCAAGCCCUGUCCCUGAUCAGAGACCUCACAAAUGUGAUAUAUGUGAGCAAAGUUUUGAGCAGAGAUCAUACCUCAACAAUCAUAAGCGUGUACAUAGGUCAAAAAAACCAAAUACAGUUCAUGAUUCUGGGGAAAUCUUUGAUGUAAACUUAAUUGUUAAGGAAGAUAAGGAAAUUCCUACUGGAAAAAAGUUGCAUUAUUGUGGUUACUGUGGGAAAACAUUCAGGUACAGUGCCAACCUUGCCAAGCAUCAGCGGCUUCACAGUGAAGAGAAGCCCUACAAGUGUGAUGAAUGUGGGAAAGCCUUCAGCCAAAGCUGUGAGUUCAUCAAUCAUCGACGGAUACAUUCUGGGGAGAUCCCCUACCGGUGUGAUGAGUGUGGGAAAACAUUUAAUCGGAGGCCCAACCUCAUGAAACAUCAAAGGAUUCAUACUGGGGAGAAGCCCUACAAGUGUGGUGAGUGUGGGAAACACUUUAGUGCUUACUCUUCCCUUAUUUAUCACCAGAGAAUCCACACUGGAGAGAAGCCCUAUAAAUGUACUGACUGUGGGAAAGCCUUCAGUGAUGGCUCAAUCCUUAUCCGUCAUCGUCGGACUCACACUGGAGAGAAGCCAUUUGAAUGUAAAGACUGUGGGAAAGGCUUUACCCAAAGUUCUAACCUUAUCCAACAUCAGAGAAUUCACACUGGAGAGAAACCCUAUAAAUGUAACGAAUGUGAGAAGGCCUUUAUCCAAAAAACCAAACUUGUUGAACAUCAGAGAAGCCACACUGGAGAGAAGCCCUAUGAAUGUAAUGACUGUGGCAAAGUUUUCAGCCAGAGCACUCACCUUAUCCAGCACCAGAGAAUCCACACGGGAGAGAAGCCCUAUAGGUGCAGCGAGUGCGGGAAGGCCUUCCACAAUAGUUCUAGACUCAUUCACCACCAGAGGUCGCAUCAUGGAGAAAAGCCUUACAAGUGCAGUGACUGCAAGAAAGCCUUCAGCCAGAGUACUUACCUGUCCCAGCACCGGAGGAUCCACACAGGAGAGAAGCCCUACAGGUGCUGCAAGUGUGGGAAGGCCUUCCGGCACAGCUCCAACAUGUGCCAGCAUCAGAAGCUCCAUCUUCGGGAAGACUUACCCUCAUGAUGGUGGAGAUUUUGUGCAGCAGAGUUCUACUGUGCACCUCCUUCACACGCUCCUGCUUCCCCCCUUCCCUCUAUUUAUUGUCCACAUAGUGUUUUCAUAGGGUGAAAGUGCAUUUCUCUCUAAUUAAUCUUUCUUAAACCAUAA